AUGAACUCGACAAGAUUAAAGAAUGAUAUGAAAAAUGAUGGAUUGAUAAUAAGGAAUUUUAUUAAUUUCGAUGCGAAAAAUAAAAGUUGCCCUCUUAAACAAAAUGUACCAGUUAAAAGGAUUGGUGGUCUUUUCCUAUCAGAUCACGGUGUUAAAGUUGAAAUCCCACCAUAUGCUUCUAAUGGGCGUCGUGAACGAGUUCUUUGUGCAACAUUUCCAAGUACAGCCAGAGGAGUUAUAGGUCCUUGGUUAGGUCCAGAUAUGCGAAUGGCAAGUGAAAUACAUAUGUUAUAUUCGCCUGUCAGAUUCAGAAUGCCAGUUGCUGUAUUUAUCCCUUUCACUUUUGCUGCUACCCGUGAAAUGUAUCAUCCAUCCGGAUCGAUUAAUAUACCAUUUGAAAGCGUAAAAAGACCUGAUUCUAAAAGUUUAUUACAUAAUGGUAUUCAAUCUAAUAAAACUUCAGCUAGACUGAGAGGAAAACCACCAUACUCAAUGCAUUUUGGUGAUCAUCUUUCAACAGCACCCAGUUUAAUUAAUGCUAGAAGUGUUUCACUACUACAAUGCCGUCUUGGAGAUGAUUGCUGGCAUGUAGUGAAAGAAUUUACGAUUGUUCAACCAACAAUUCCUUAUGUCGACUGGCCAUUAGAAGCUUGUGAAUUUAUGUUACAAACAAGUCGAUGGUCAGUAAACAAUACUGCUUCAGAGAAUUUCUCUUCGCUUUCAAUAAAACUGGGACAAUUAUUAUUAAAGAAAAGUAAUUUCGACAAUAUUAGAGUUAAACAAAAUGAUAAUCGAUUAGAAAAUGAAAACUUACUGUAUGAUUUUGUAAAUAAAAUUGAAAACUAUUGUGGUGGUGUUUUCAUUCACACAGAAGAACUUAAUCAUUGUUACAUGCUAGUGAACUCAACUAAAGCAGAACAAUUUUAUAUCAAUCCUAAUGGUGGAUUAUUUUUCUCUCCAUUACUUGAUCCAUUUUUAUCUGUACGUAUACCAAAACGCGUCUGUCCUACUUUUGAACAAACUAUUUUCAAAAUUCUAAUUUCAUUUUUCUUUCCGAUUUACAUUGUGUUAUAUGUAACUUCAAAGAAAAUAGAAAUAAGAAAUACUUGGUUGAAUUCAGCAUGUCAAUUUGAUUCUCAACUCAAUGAAAUUGAAGGUUGUUCUGAUAUUUUUGAAUUUCAAUUACAAGAUAUAGUGUUAAAAAGACCUGCAACAAUACACUUACCAUUACCUCAGUGGUAUAUUAAUAAAUUUAACAAAUCAUUAAAUUCUUUAACACAAACUAAUAUAAUUGUAAAUGGAAUUGAAAUGGAUCGUUUUACCAGAUGUACCUGUUUAUUAUGUAAAAAAUACAAAUCCAUCUGGAUAUAUAAACAAAUUGUAUGGCAAAGUGCUAAAGUUAAUGAGAUGGACGAAAGGGAAAUAUUUAAGAUGAAAUCAUCUGAAAAUAUUGAUUGUAUAGAAUCUAAGAAUUCUUCGAAAUGUAAAAUAGAUGAUAUUUUUGUGCAAUUAGGAUGGUCAUAUUUACUAGUUGGUAUAAGAGGUGGAUUGUGGCAAACAAUGAAACAAUCAGUUUAUUAUACUAAAAGAACUAUUUCAUUUGAUACAACAGUUUUAGGAAGAUUUGUAAUGAUAGGAGCACGAAAUUCAGAUCGCAAAACAAAUGAUAAAUUAGAGCACUUGAUGACACAAAUUGAAUCAUUAGCAUAUACUCCACCCGGUGCAAUACUGAUUUGCUUACAUAUAACAGCAAAUAAUUGGCAAAUUAUGGCUAACGUUAUCCUGAACAACGAUUAA